GUCACUCUCCCGCGCCGCUUGUCCUUUUGACUUGAGUUUAAAUCGUUGAGGGAGAGCUUUAUUGCAAAAUGUUCCUGCGUUGUUCGUAGCAAGAAGGUCACUUGGCGCAAGCGAGUAUGUCUGAGCCAUGGCUUUACCCCACCAUCCUGCUAUGUAUUUAUGGGUUUUUCUGCAGCCACAGACCACUGGAACCCUUUCUAACCCCGUUUUUGAUGGGACCUGAGAAAAACCUGACGGAGACAGAGGUCGUGAGUGAGAUCUAUCCUUUUUGGACGUAUUCCUACCUCGUGCUGCUUUUCCCGGUUUUCCUGGCCACAGAUUACGUCCGGUACAAACCUGUGCUGAUUGUCCAGGCGGCCAGCUUCAUCGUGACCUAUGCUUUGCUCUUGAAGGCCCAGAGUGUGAAAGCCAUGCAGUUAUUGGAGUUCUUUUUCGGUCUGGCAACUGCCACUGAAGUUGCCUACUACUCCUACAUCUACAGUGUGGUGGAGCCAUCUCAUUAUCAGAGGGCGACCGGUUUUUGUCGCAGUGUCACACUGUUGGGCUCAGCGAUCGGCUCGCUCAUUGGACAGAUUCUGGUGUCUGUAGCCCAGGUGCCUCUGUUUUACUUGGGCGUCAUCACACUGGUGUCCUCCUGCAUAGCCUUUGUUGCCCCUUGGUUCCUACCCAUGCCCAGUAAGAGCCUGUUCUUUCAUCACAGAGAGAGCUGCUCUCAGGAUGAAGGAGCUUUGGAGCCCAUUAACGGCAGUCAGCUGAUCGAGAAACCAGAGGAUCCAGAGUCCAAAAUACAGCUUAGUGCAAACGAAAAAACGACUCUCAAGAAGAAUAUUAGCAGUAGUGGAUUCCUGGAGGUUUUAAAAACGCUGUGGUCAGACUUCCUUGAGUGUUACUCCUGCUCUACCCUGUUGGCCUGGUCAGUGUGGUGGGCUUUAUCCACGUGUGGUUACCUCCAGGUGAUUAAUUAUGCUCAAGCGCUGUGGCAGAAAAUCUUGCCUUCCAAUGACUUUGAGAUCUACAAUGGAUACGUGGAGACCGUUUCUACCUUGCUUGGCGCUUUAACAGCAUUUGCUGUAGGCUUUCUAAAAGUGUCCUGGGCAGUGUGGGGAGAGCUUGCUCUCUGUGUUUUCUCUGUGGUAAUAGCAGCGUGUGUGUACCUCAUGGACACCAUCAGAAAUAUCUGGGUUUGCUACACUUCCUACAUGCUCUUCAGAGCUACCUACAUGCUUCUUAUCACCAUAGCAACGUAUCAGAUAGCUGCUAACCUAAGCAUGAGAAGAUACGCUUUAGUUUUUGGAGUAAAUACUUUCAUCGCACUCUUACUGCAGACGACUCUUACCGUGAUCGUAGUAGAUUCUGCCGGUCUAGGCCUGGACAUUUUUCUACAGUUUCUGAUCUAUGCAAGUUACUUUGCUGUAAUAGCUGUGAUAUUCUUGAUUGCCUGGCUGUAUAAGUGGUUUAAAAGAAGGGGGCCUGAAGGACAGAAUGAAUUGCCCUCAACAGAAACGAUUCCAGAGGCUUGAAAAAAAAAAACAAAUCUUCCGUUCAACUCAAUGGAUAGGUCAAAAUAACUGCUUCUAAAGAGAAUGCAGCAUCUCAAAUUCAGAGACUCAGUUUUGAAGGUUAUAAAAGCACUGGUGAUUUUUGAUAACAGUUAAUAGUUAUACACUGUAAGUUGUUGUAGAACGAAAUGCACUUGUUUUAAUGUUUCAUUCACAUCAUUAUGAUGCCUUACUUCACUGUUAGUUGAAUCGAAGCAGGUCAGAAUAAGUAGGCUGACUUUUUAAGCCAACACUAUCAUGUUAUGAAUAUUAUGAACUUUAUAAGCGCUUGUUAAAAUCGGCCGUCUUUUUUUGUUUUACCGCUGAAACAUUAGCAGAGUUAUGGUACUUCCACUACAAAUGAUCUUUUUUCACACACACGACAGCACAAAUGUGAUUGUGAUAUUUUUAUACAACUGUUUUAUCAGGAAAAAAGAUGAUGGUAUAUAACAUUUCGUUUCUUUAUUUGUGGUCUGUCGAGAAAAGUAGCUCCGAAAGAAGCGAUGAAACCAUCGUUUUUCCUCUUUGUGCAACCCAAAAGUAGUAUGAUUUUGUUGGAAAAAAAGAUUAAUUGACCAAAUCAAACAGACAUUCUUGUUAUCAAUCAAAUCCGAGGAACAAAACUAAUGUUGUAUAACUUUGCAACGGUUUAUCUUGCUGCGCUGCUGGCCUUAAAUGAUAAAAUAUCUAAAAGUAUAAGUGGCCUUAGUUUUGUUGGUCAUUCCAUCUCUUUUAUUGGCCGCACUUUAUUUUUACUACUAUUUCUGUCCCAAGUUUUUAUUUGCUGCUUAUUAAUAUUUAGUAAGGUAGUUAAGUUUAGGGAUAGGUAGGAUCAAGUGAUCCAAUACAUUCUUAUAUCAGCCAGUGUUUUAAUUAAUAAUGACAAUUGGUCCUUGGAAAAAAAGUGUUACCAUCUUAUUUAAUGCAUUUAUUUAAAAAAGGCACUGAAUUUACAAAUAAAGAUGAAGGCUUUUGUGUGCUUACUGAA